AUGGAAAUGUUUGUUUAUGUUUUAAGUUUCUGCCUGUUAUUUGGGAUGUGUUCUGCUGCUGAAUGCGAUGUUGCGGUUGUUGUUGUUGCCAGUAUUUUUGGAACUUUAGCUGUUGUUUUAUUAGUAAUAGGAAUAAUAGGAUUUUUACUAUGGAAGAAACGGAAAGGAUUACUUUCUGUCAAAUCAAACUCUACACCAAACACGAAAAAUAAAAAAGGUGAUGCAGGACUAUUAAAUGAGAGUGGUGUUUCUCCAACUAGAGAGGGUCAUGUAAAUCCAGCAUUCAACAAUGAAAGUGGCAUCAUCUCUAUGGAAGAAGGUACUGGUGGGUUUAAAGAUUUCACAUCACCAGAUCAUAACAAGCUAUUUUCUUUACAGUCACCCAGUGGUAAAGAUAUCAAUCAGAAGACUUGGGCAUCAUUACCAGGCAAUGAUUUCUCUUCUCCAUUUAAUCGACAAGGUAGCUGUGGAUCAUUAGAUGAUAACUAUCUAAAUGUGGAUCCAGAAGUAACAAGUGUCUGGUUACAAAGUCAAGAUUUUAUUGGUCUUGGUUUCAAUAUAUCUGGUAAUAUGAGAGAUGGUAUAUUUGUCAGUCAUGUCCAUAAUCGUGGUCCAGCUAUUGAAUCAAAUAAAGUUAAAAUUGGCAAGUACAAUUUAUUAACAUUUGACAAUUUAGGAAUCCUAAAGAUAGUGGACCACAGCCAUAUCCGCCCUUCAAGGCAUGCUGAUGGUGAUAAGAUAUUAAGUGUUACCAUAUCAUUUGAGAAUAUUGUUUAUGAAGAUGCUCUGACCAUUCUGAGUUAUGCCUCACCCUAUCCAGUAAAAGUCACACUCCAAAAGGAGAAAGUCAUGGUCACAGAUAGACGUAGCAGUCUUACCAACGAAGCAUUAAGUCAUCCUCUUUACAGAAGUCAAUCCUUGGAUGCCUUACAGCGUGUCGGAAAGGAUUCCUUUAAACCUAAACGUACCUUUAGUGAAAUGAAAUCAGAUUCAAGGAAGGAUAGUUCUCUUAGGAAAGAAUUAUCUAGCAAUGUAUCUAACAACAGUGAAGGCUUUACCUCAACACCAAUAAAAGUUACAGAUAAGACCGUGGAUGGUAGUAAUUUUCAAGUAUCAGAUAUUUUAGUCCAUAAGGCACAAGAUUCAGGACUGGUGUCAGACAACAAAGUAUCUUUAGAUCUUUCUGGAAUUGGAAUGGAUAAACAAGACUUUGAUAUCAGUGGUGUCAAAAGUAAAGUAGAUGAUGUUUCAGUCGAUGUGACAGGAAAAGCUAAAGAUGACUUGAACAGAUACAAAAUUGAUAUGUCGGAUAAACUUGAUGGAGUCAGUAGAAAUGCUUCUGGACAGAUAACAGAUAAACUGAACAAUUUUGGUGUUCCUAGUGAUAUCUCCUCUCAAGUAACCAGUGGUGUAAACAGUCAAAUCUCAAAGGUGAAAGUGAAAGGAGAACAAAAACUAUCAGAUGGAGUAACAGCUAUAAGGACACCAGAUGAAAGGAAAUCCAGUAAUGCCAGAGAAUUUGCCAGUCUUAUGGAUGAGAUGCUAGACAUGAAUCAAUCAUCAGAUGAACCAUUUGGUUCUAUGGAGGUGAAAAGUAUCUCUAACGGAUCAUUAGUUGUUGAGGAUUCUUUUGAUGCUUCAGUAUCUACAGAGAACCAAAUGAGUCCUCCUACUAAACCAACCAGAAAAAAGAAAAGGUCCAGCACUGCUAGUAAUUCAUCUGAGGAAAUAAGUUUAAGUCAGUCUGACAUUAAGAUAGAUUUUGAUAAACACACUGACAAGCCGUCUGUGGUAGAAGAUUUAAUGACAAUUACUAAAGUGAAAGAUGUCUCUGCUGCACCUCCAUCUGGUGAGAUGAUUGAAGAAGACUCCAUUGUAGCAGAAAAGAAAAAACGAGACAUAAGUAUUCUGUCUGAUAAAAUUGAAUUUGCUGCUAAAGAAAAAGAAUCAAACCAGACUGAGCUACCAUCACCAACAUUAUUACGUAAAAUAUUAUUAGAUGGUAUGGACAAUGUUAAAGUCCAUAAAGAACCUGAGCCAGAAGGUGAUCCUGUAGAAGAGGAAGUGAUACAAGCUGUUAAAGUGAGCCGAGAGGAUGCUGCUCCACCAUUACCAAGGACUGUUAGAUCAGAAGAAGAUGGUAAACCAGGUAAAAGAGUUGGUAUCAAUAAUAAUCUUAAUGAUAUUGAUGAUGAAUUGAUUGAUGAAAUUAUUGCCAUGAAUUCCCGACCAAUUGAACCAGCAAGCCUUCCAGGCCGAAAUACCAAAGAAAAUUUUGGAGGUGUUUCUUAUGACAUUCAGGUAGCAGAUUUGGACAAAAUAGAAAAUAAGCUGAGAUCUGAAAUUGAAAAAGAUGGUCCAAAAUCACCCACUGGUGGUAAAGCAUUUGAAAUACGUGAGGAUCUCAGUGGUAAAUUAGUGAAUGUGGACAUAAUGAAAAGUAAUAUUUCACGAACUGUGUCUGAAGCUAUAAUACCUCCUCAUUCUAAUAAUCAUGAGAGUGAUGAUGAAAUAAACAUUAAAAUUUUACGAGCUGGGUCAUUAAAGGAAGACAAACACCACAUAAAGAAUGAUCUUGAUUGGUCAGGCAAACGUUUGAUAAGAUCAGGAGAGUUCGCAGAAAUACCUCAAGACAAUUCAGUGAAAGACUUUACAGAUCAGAGCAAAAUCAGUGAUGGUGGUGAAACAGAUAAUCAUAAAAAAGUGAUCAUUCCCAUUUCUGAUGACUUAAAACAGGAACUUAUAAAAGAAAGUUUAGAUCUGACUAACAUGUCAGAUAUCUCGAGUUCUAAUUCUCCUUCCUCUACACGUAGUGCUUCACCACUCACCACAACCAACGGACCUCCAGAGUUAUCCCCCCUUGCACUGAAGAAGGCUCUAGACUUUCCUUCUUCUGAAAGUUACAGUUCUUCCAGUAGAACAGGCAGCUAUUCUUUUACUCUUAUAAAUAAAUCUGGCGAUGAAGAGGAUGCUGAAUGUUAA